AUGACCACUGGAGAUGCUGGAAGGCCGGUCAAAACACUCUACGAUGAAAUUCAAGGCACUUAUGCUCCCGUUAGUCGAGUACGAAAUCCUUGUUUUGUUCAAGCACUUGUAGGAGGAAGUUAUGCACUCAAUGGUAGUGGUUACGAAGUUUGGCCCACAUAUCAACGAUAAAGUUCUUGUUUCGAGUAAGUUAAUCGAGACCUUUGCUUAUGUCUGAUUUCCUACUGAACCUCCUACCGCAGGUUACCAGACCAUAUAAUGUUACCGGCAUCGUUCUUACGUAUCCCAAACAUGCAGUUCUAAUCCUUGAAGUAACUUGUGGUUAUAUUUGAUUGCUAAAAAAUUCACUAAGGCCCCAAUAAAAUCACUGCUAACCGUAUUAAAGGGACUAAAUGCAUCUGAAUGUCUUCUUAAAAAAGCGAUUAAGGAUUAUUACGAGGUUUCCGUAGUUCCCAAUGCCGAAGAGGACGAAACUCCGAUAGAAAUCUCUGAUGAAGAAAUUAUCAGAAAAAUGAUCAAAAAUCCUGAAGCCUCCCCGAUUAUACAAAGCAGGAUACUUUGCAUUCUUCACGACUGUAAAUUUCGCAUAUUCAAAGCGUUUGAAUUGAAAAUAUUUGACAUGGAGGCGACGCCACUCCCCGAAGUGUCAGAGCCAAAUGAGGAUGAGAAAAAGUUGAUCGAACUACUUCAACAGCUAACAAGGUUAAGCGUUUACCUGGUAUCAUCGGCAAUGAAGGUACUGCAUUCAGUUUUGCAAGGAAAAAUCUAUGCAGUACCUCCUUCUCUAAGUCUUUUACAGUAAAUUGGUAGAAUUGGCUAACUAGUUGAUGAAACUCUUUCCGAGGAUGGCGAGAGGAAACUGCUUGAUAUUUUUUAUAAGCAAGGGUAUUCCCCUUUUUUAAAGAUUUGCAUAGGAAAUUAGUUUUAAACAAAAUGUAGAUGAUAUUCUGCAGUGUCCUGUGAAGGAAAUUCUAGAACGUAAAUAUUAGCGAUGCCACACUUCAUGCAUGUCAGUACAGGAGCCCCCCCGCGCAAUCUGGGUAGUUAAUUAGGAGGUCCCGUUGGUAAGGGCUUUAAUAAUGUCGCUCAGGCCGUCACCGUCAAGAUCUGGCCUUGCGUUUUUCAGAUUUGAUAAAAUGAUCUUGGGGACCCAAAUUAAUUUUUUGAGAUAUGUUAACGCACUCUGUUAUGACUUAAAGCCUUCAAUUUGUUCUCAAAUAUAUACAGAACAUCUACUUAAACUUAGAUGCUUGUCUUAAACCUCUACUCGUCUCACAAUGGAUGGAUUAAGAGAAUGAAGAUGCUAAGUUUACCAUCACUGGCCAGGAUAUAUGACCUCCAGGUAGUGGACUUACUAAACAGAUUACUUUUCAUGUAGUUAUCACUGUAAAACUUUAUACUAUGACUUUUUAGUCCAUUUGUACUAUUUCUUGCCUAUGAUCUGCUGUCGUUGAAGUCAUAUGGGCCUAGAGUUAAAAUUCAAUCUUAAUGGUGUAAGACCAACUCGACAACGAUUGCGCACGAGCUACUAAACCUAUUUAGCUUAAAACAGUGUUUGGAAUUGUGCAAUCUGUUAAGUACCUAAAAAUUACCUAAAAAACACGGUAACGUACUUGAUAAUAUGAGAUGUUCAACCACAUUUAUCAGCGCACAUCAGGACUGUUUUUGGAAAGAUUUUUUACAAAUAAAGAAGAUCUAUUCCAUAUCAGUAGUUCUUUGGGUCCGUGCCUUUCGACAAGCAUAUUCGAGAGUCUAAGUACCGAAAUGGACAUGCAUACUUAAGACUUUGUUCAAUGUUUUUGGUUUUUUAUAGCAAUUUUCCGGGAUUCACUUUUGAGAACCUUAAACUUUGUUUCCUUAAAAAACGUUUCUAAAAUGAUAAUCCUAUCACUCCUGUUUCUGGAAAAUUUCGAAGAUAAAAUGGGAAUUUUGUACAUCGAUCAGUUUACGGUACAUACUCUUCCACUGCCCCAUGAGAAUCCCGCUAAGACCUUUGUAGGCAUUCGUACAGUGGCCAGCUAGGAAGCAGAAAGGAAAAGCGACAAAGACGAGGGAAACUAGGGGGGCUUUUUUCGGUUUUUUAGUCGUCUCUACUUGAUCAUGCUCAAAAAGUAUUCCCGAUCGCAAAACACCAAGACAGUGGGCCUGUGUCUCAGUGACAAAAAUUUGGACCUAGCACUGUUGUACGUAUGAUCAAAUAACUUAUGCUCGAGCACUAGAUCCUCUAUUCCGUUUCAUGGUUAGGUGGUUGAUUUUAAGAUACGGAACAAAUAGACCACUCUUUCCGCUGAUCUAUACAAAUAUUUAUGCACAUACUGACACCCAUAUCCCCUGGCAUCGUCGGACAACCCCUUCUCGAGACAGUUGUCCAAAAUAGCCUAUAUUACAUACCGCUGUGGGUCUGUUGGCAGGGCUCGAGAAAGAACCCCAAGUCACAAUGGAGUGGAUGAGUUCCGUAAUAUGAUCGGUCUACGUCCCUCAGUCGUUGUCAGUAUACCCGAUCGCAAUCUACAGGACAACGAGCCUGUGGCUCUCAGCGUUAGAUUUCUGACCAACAGAUUACGAGCUUGAACCUCAGGUUUGCAUACCUCAGGGAUGGGUUUGAGUGGUGGACGACUGUUUAUAAGCCAGAAACGGUCAUUCUAAUCUCCCUUAUAAUUGUUGGUAUCACCAUCCCUACAAAAUUUUAAAAUCGCUUCUUGUUUUAGUUAGAUUUUGUCUAUUGAUAGUGUUUUUCUGCCAAAACCCCUUUGUUAGGCAGACCAAAUUAAACACUAAGUUCAUACAAAAGUCGAAACGAAGACCUGUUUAAAUCAUACAAAUAAGCGAUGAAAAUCUUUGUGAUAUUUCCCACAUUCAUUUGCCUAUCAGUGCCUUUUUACGUUGCUUAUUUUGGGUUUGCGUCUCUACGCCUUUUAGUACGACCAAACUAAAAAACCUUGCUUAUAUUUUUCUAUUCUGUUCAAGCUUUCUCUGUCGACUCGAUUACUUUGCCCUGUUUGUGGCAAGGUCUUAAUGGAACGUUCUGUCUCCCUGUCCGGACACCAGCCAGUUUACCACCUGAUCUGUAUAUUUAUUCUCAGAGUUAGAGGCCGCAAAUAUCAUUUCCGAGCUCCAUUGUCACUUAUUGCCAUUCCGUACUGUUAAUGAGAAUACUCCCUCUUUUUCUCAGCCAAACCAAUAGCCAUCCGAAACGUUCUUCUCGUGAACACUUCAGCAAUCACUUAAGAUGUCUUUAGGAAGAAAUGGCCAACAUUCGCCAAAGUGUGAACUAAUUGCGUACAAACAAUUUUCCACAAGUUAUAUAAUUGAGAAUUCUCUUACGGGUUUACUUAUAUUCCCAAAAACGGCAGCCCAAAGUGGAUAAGUUGAGCGUCAAUUGUACAGUUAGGGAGGUCUUUGAAUCUCAGUUUCUUAUCACUUUUGAAUAAAAAUCCCUAAAGUCAGAAAUACAGUUUCUGGGUCAUUUCUGUAAGAGCAAUGCGCUCAACCACUGUCGGUGUUUCUGUGAUAAUAUCAGGCACGUUUUAGACCGCGUGAACUCUUUUUGAUAAGCUGUAAGUCAAUUGUUGCUAGAAAUUCCCCUCUGCUUGUAUUAUUACAUAACGACUGACGCAAAGCAAGUUAAAACUGGUGUAUUUUCUUUUGCGGCCUGAUAUCCCUCGCCAGGACCGGGCUCUUAUAAUUAUUUAUAACAGUUUCUUCGAACACCUCUGCUACCGAUCGAUCACCGGAGUUGCUCAUGUACCUUUAGGCUCACAAGUAGAACCCAUAUUAAGUCCAUUCAUCAAGAAUGUUUUGUCAGGAGGACCAUGGGCUUCUUCGGCAGACAUAAAUUGGUGACUUCGAAUUUUUUUAUGGUGCCUUUGGCGUCAUGCAGUCCAGGUGUCAUGAUAUCCAUUAUAAUUGGUCAAUAUUACGGGAAAUUCUACAUCUGCGAGAGAUCCGGAGAAACCUUGCGCAUCCAUGAAGUAUAGAGAUGAAACUUUAACCCUACAAGGUAGACGUGCACAAACUUUAUAAAACAUGGGGAAUAUUGGGCACGGAAGUUCAUAAAUCUGUUAGGAGGUUUUCUUUUCCCGUACUUGUCUUUACACUACUUUAAGCAGAGCCGAAAUACACUGAACUUUAUUGAACGAGACCCCAGAGUAGAAAAUGAGGACGUCAGGUUUUUGAAAAAUACGCGGAAUCAACAACCCUACUGAACGAUUAAGCGUUGCCGGAUGAUCUUUACUAACUCAAGCGCACUUAAAGUCCGCAUUUACUACCGACUCAAGUCCAUCUAACGUGUUUCUUCCGAGUUCAGUCUCCUUCAGUAUGGUCGGUUUGCUGAACCUUAAGUUCUCCUUAUAAACGAUUAGGAGAAAAAGAACCAUUAUCCCGACCUAAAACAACAGUCACUAGGUCUUUUGGUCUUAUUUUGCCCAGUUUUUCAAACAGAAGCUAUCCUUUACUAGGUUAACUGUAUCAUCUCGAUAAUCUAACAUUGGAAUAUAUUUGCAAAAUUUUGCCCGUAGUGUGAUACUUUCUCCCACAAUGGUGACAGACGCUUAUGGGCGUUUGCUGAGGGUUUUUCCGGAUUAUACGGGUUUUUGAAUGCAUGCAUUAUCUAGGAAGUGGGUCACUUUGGCGGGCUGCCAUUCGCCUCAUAUACCUCGUCUGAUGACACCGUCUGCCCAACUCACAUCCACCACUAUGUGGGGCUGCUCUGGACACAGUAACGAGGCAGGAUAUGUCCCUCUCUAGAGGAGGAGGAGGAGGAGGAGGAGGAGGAGGAGGAGGAGGAGGUCAUGUUAUUACAAGCGUAGGCUGGUAAUAAGUUGGACAUUGCACCGAAGUCUGUGAAAAGUGGGUGAUACCAGUGUUACACCCGUCUCUCCCUCUCGCUCUGUGAUUCGCUUAAUGUCGAGCCCACCGCUGAUCAUUAAUCCAUCCAAUUUUCUCUUCAAUACUGAAGUUUAUAACUGUGAGUGUUUUAGGGCUGCGAAAAUCCCUGUAGCAGUAUUCAAAAGAUGAGUUGGCGAGUUUAUGUUUACUUUCGAUUUAUUCUCCUUUGGCCAGUACAUUUAUAUAAAAAGGCGAUGCAGUCAAAUAUGUCAGUGACUGUAAAAUUGAUAAAAGUUAGUUUAAAAAAUACAGGCGGGGUGAAAGUGAAAAGGCAGGGAAAGUUGCAUGUAAUUAGUCCACUUUUGACCAGGGUGAGCGCGGAGCCCGAACGAGGUUCCUCUGCGCGCAUAGGGUCGCUUGUCGUAAGCUGAUUGCGACUGCUUCUGCUGUUGCCAACAGACGCUGAGCCAGUAGCUUAGGAUGGCCCGAGGGGACCUUAUAAAUCACACGAAAAGCUUCGCUGCGGUCCACACGAUGUUUUGAAUCAACUGCACGCGCAAGAAUGAUAUUACUUAUGCUCCUAAUUUCGUCUUUCUCCAACCAUGCGUGGAGAUGUUCUGGUAUGCUUUUUGAUAGACGCCGACUCGUAAAACCAAUUAACCUCCUCCACAGGAGCAAGUGAAAGAAUAGAUGCACACUGAGGUGGUCUGAGUUGGCAACCUAUUCUCACGUCCGCGUGAAAUAGGGUUCGUAGACAAUAAUAUUCUAAUCCCUGCUGCCGGGAAUGUUCGCGAGACAGUCUCAUCAUGGCGUCUUCUUAGGAGUAUAUUCACAAAAUCUCCUUGAAAGGAACUUUGAGGAACAAACUUUUCUUCCUGGCCGUCAGUAUGGUGGGGUUUAUCGGUCGUUCGCAACAUUAUUUGUAAUAAACCUGUCAGGACACCCGUUUUUGCAAAGCAAACCCUUCAUUUAUCAAAGCUCCUCCUUAAUGCUGUCUGUUGAACACAUUUUUCUAGCCCCUUGUGUCAAACAUCGGAUUUCGACAGUUUCGCACUCCUUCAACAACAAAGAAAUCUAGUCCGGUGUUCGGUACGAUAAGUUAGGAAAAUGCGUUCAACGCACAGCAUCAAGGAGGUCCCCUCGAGCCAUCCUAAGCUACUGGCCCAGCGUCUGUUGGCAACAGCAGAAGCAGUCGCAAUCAGGUUACGAAAAACGACCCUAUGCGUGCAAAGGAACGUCAUUCAGGCGCCACGCUUACCGUGGUCAAAGGUUGACUAAUCACAUUUAACCUUUCGUGCCCUUUCUCUCUCGCCCCGCCUGUGUUUUAAAAGCAACUUUUAUCGACUUUUUAAUCACUGAGAUCAGGUUAGCAAACGUAAGAGAUCCGAGCCGAUAAUCUAAGAAAUGUGGGUGGCUCACCGGAUCAGGGGAAUUGUGUGGCAGACUUUUCAGAGGGCUUGGCUGGCUCUUCAUUUUGAAAGCCUUUUUGUGAAAAUCGACCAGAAUUUCAAAUAAACGAUCUAAUUAUUUGACCUUGGACCGAUCGAUCUUCUCUUCUUUCUCGACCUUUUACCUUCUGGCCGUUUUCGGUGAAUGUUGGCGGCCUCCUGCGCUGUGUGUUGUCACCUCAAUGGGGUUCGGUUGCACCUGUACUCUCCUUUUGAGUAAAUUAGCCGACGGGCCGUGUUUGCUCGGUAUUUCUAGAUUCCGUGUGACUAUCUUGUCCUGGUCAUGGCGUAUGUAUUGAAGUAUGACUUUAUGGGCUGCAGGAAGGUCUAGCUGUCUGUUGAUGGAAUUAGCAUCUGAUUAACAAGUCUCGAGUGUAAGAAGUUCUGCCCUUGAGAUGGUCCGGCUUAAGACGGUUGCUCCUUAAAAUUCAAAACUGUAGCCACUUUCUCCGAUGUGAGUCGCAAGCUGUGAGCUCGAGUUUAGUCUUCGAGUUACCAGUUUGUGCUCAUGUAGACGCGUCUACAAUUUCGUCCGGUUUCCCCAACUAUUUGCAGUCUCCAUCGUUGCAGCCGAUUUGGUAGACAACUGCUGAGGUUUCAAUGGGCAGCAGUGUCUUUUGGUUGCAUCGGACGGCGACGAAUUGUUGUCUAGGGUCGAUGGGCAACGUCUACUCUGGCGGGUUGUAAUAGUCGUGAAACCGCCUCGGAGACGCCUUUACUGUAAGGAAUAGUCCUCCAGACUUCGGGUUGUUCUUCAGAUGGCCGUCGUCUGCUCACUCGGUACUUUGCUUAAUUAAAAUAGCUUUUUUAUCCAGUGGUCUGGAAGAGGUCGUGAAGAUAUUGUCGUUCAGCCCUUUUGUCGGUUGGUAUGCUGUAGUGUGUUUCAACCCCUUUGGGAUUGAGUACGGACACUGCUGAGUUAGUGAGAGGGGAUGAUCGCUAUUGAGGUAUAAUAUUUGUCUUGUGUUGGUGGCUUUUUUGAAAACGGUAGUUUUCAGUUGCCCACUUGCACACCGGCGCACAACAGCCUCGUGGAAGGGGAGUUGGUCGUUAGUUUCGGCUUCCAUUGCGGAUUGGAUAUUCGGGUUAACCGAGUCCAGUAAUUCUUUAAGGCGCUCCGCAUCAGAUGAUUUGACGAUCUCGAAGCUGUCACCGACGUAAAGAAGUCAGUACUUUGGUUGAUACUUGGUGAACACCAAGUGUUUUACUCGUUGAAGGACCACUUCAGCAAUCAGCCCGACAUAGCGGAGUCCAUGUGGGUACCUUUGAUCUGUUCAUACAUUUGUUCACCAAAGGUGAAAUAUGCUUCUAGACAACAGCGUAAGAGCUCGAUCAGAUUUUUGGACUUCAGGGGAUUGUCCUCUCAUUGUCGCGGUCAGCCAGGAGUUGUCUCACAACUUCAGUCGCUAGUUUUGUGGAAUGUAGUUGAAGAGUAAAACGACAUCAGAGAAUACCACGGAUUCAUCUGGCUCUAAGCUUAGAUGCUUUAAACGUUCGUUUUACUUUCGAUAAAUUUCGUUUGACUGUAUCCUUCUCAUAUUAUUGUAUUAGCCUGAAGAUAAUUUAUCGAAAGCAAACGUGUGCUCGCCAGCUCGUCUUCUUCGGACUGAAACCAAUUCUAGUAAGUAGUCAGCCCUACUUUAGUCGACUUCACAGCAGUCGCGGUUGUGUCAGAAUGCGGUUUACGACAAAGGUACUGCUGCUGGGAUUUACGCAGUACGACGAGAUCUAUCUAGUGUCCACUUGCCUCUGUGCAGUAGAAUUAGCCUGAACCACCUAGUUCUUUCACAGUGUGACCGAGAAAGUAUAAUCGAAAAGAGUACAUUCUCCAGAAUUUCGACUUUAUAUUGUUGUCGAAGAGAAUGUUGACAAUCAGCCUGAUUACCGAAAAAUGGGUAAGAUGCAGCAGCUUGCGAAAUAAAAGCAUAGUUGGCAUGGAGAUUUUUCGGAAAAAUUGACCUUUUACAUUCUUGCAUUAAUUAAUCCUUUCUAGCCGCGCAGUUAACUGAAGCAUUUUCUAGUUUGAAGGCUAUUAAUUUUAAAUUGGUGUGGAGUCGGAAGCGAUUUGUAACGUGUGAGUGCACUCAUGAUUAAGCAAAAUUUAAGGAAACUGUAUACAAAAGUAUCCCACUUUACUGUCAGUAGACUGUGGAUCGUGCCAUACGGGAUUCAUGGUAAAGGGAAUUUUAGGGAUGGCACAUCACGCAGGCAAUAAGCUGACGAAAUGGGAAAAACACGGAAACUGCCUGGAUUGAUGACGGAAAUCUUAUUCUACGCUAUUGUACGACGACAGAAAUGACAGUAGUAAUCAAACAAUAAACAAAAAUUAAAUUUCACAAAAUAAAGGAUUUUGAGUUAAGGUGUGAGUUUAUGGGAAGUAAUCGUUGUUGACAGUGUAAUUUUUGCAACCGCCUGUAAAUGUAUGCCAAGAUAAAAUCCCAUAUGACACGAUCCACAGUCCACUGACAGUUCAGUGGGGUCCUUCUCUAUACCGUUGCCGAUGAAAGCAUUCAGGGACAGAUAGAGAGGUGACGGAGUUACUGGAACCCAUAAAGGGCUAAACUGUAGAUAUGCUAGGGCGCCAGAAUGGAUCAUGGAAAGCGGUAAUCGCGAUGUGCAGAGUGUGUGCGAAUCCAUAACAUGGGAGGGCGUGGAGGCACGCCUAGACAAAGGCCUUCACGCCACCGCGUCCAAUUCCACCACCCGCUGGUUGGCAGGCUCGGACAGCCGACCGGUCCAGCAGAAGAGGAAAGAGAGUUAUACAUCCUCACGGUACAUCACCGCAUUCCUCAUUAAUGGUAAGUAUGGCGCACCUGAAUUAGACACGGCAUGUUAAGAGUCGUGGCCCGGAUGAUUGCCAACUGAGGAGAUAAUUCGGUCCCUCGCAGGAAUGAGAGUCAGGCUGCAUCCCGUACCUCUGUCGGAUCCCAGCCGCGCUCUGCACCAGUCUGGCCGGGCCGUGCGGGGCACGGUGUGAGGUCAUGGGAUGUAAUCGUUGUUGACAGCGUACAUUCCGUAACAGCCUGAAAAUGCACGCCAAGGGUAAACCCCACGUGACAGGAUCCACAGUCUACCAACAGGUAAAUGGAUUCCUUCUCAGUACCGUUGCCAUACCACACCGAAUCUGCUUACCGUGCAUGUUGCGCGUCGAUUGAACGCGCCUAAUUCGCUUGUCUCUUUGUUUAUUUCCAAGCCCUAUGAGAAUACGUAGCUAAUGAAAAACGUUGAUUGUUAUGACCAAUGACUUUUAUUAUUUCAACGCAUUUCAUUUGGGUCGUUUUCUUUUUUUCCUCAUUGUGAAAGGACCAGGAAGAAUACGUUCCAGAAAUAUACAAGGUAAUAUGAGGAUUCGCGUUAUACAUAUACAUGUUUAUGUUCCGAAUUUCGUUACCUUUCCUGAAAAGCUUACUUCUUUCAAAUAUUGCUUCUUGUGAUGCCCAUUUUCAAAUUUAUGCAUAUAUGUGUAUACGUAGAACAAGAUUGUCGACAAAGACGGAGAUACCUGCGUGCCCAUGUCUGGUUUAUUAGCCGCCAUCAGCCAGCUAUACCCAACCCGAGGUUUUGUAGCUUCUGAUGCCUGAUCCCACAGUCUGGCGUUAGACUCCCGACGCCCUACACUGAGCCGCAGGUUCAUUGUCCUACGGGUUGCGAUUGGAUAUAUACAAUGCGGGGGGGCGCUCACGGUUCGCGUGACGAAACACACUCAUCCUUCAUUACGAUUGGAGGCUCACUCUCAAACUCCGUCAAUGGCCGCACAGCGGCUAGUAGUGUAGGCAGAAGAACAUUGCCAACAAGGACAAGGGAGACUGGAGUGACCAUUUAUAGCUUAUUAGACGUCAUCAGCCAGCUGUAACUAACCCCAGGUAUUGGGAUCGUCUGUGGCAUGAAACCCACGUGGUUUCCUGAUAGUUGAACUCGAGAGACUAAUCAAAGUGCUCAUUUCAGAGAGCUCUAGGGAACCCACUGAGGAGCCGAACCCCUCGCAGCUGCGUCACGCAGCAGCAGAAACAUCGGUGAAACACGUGUCUAGACUUUCAGUUAUUACCUAAGUUGGGAGUACGGCACAACCACCUAUCACAUGAAAUUACGCUUUUAAUGAUAACACUUGUUGAUGGGCUGGCAUCACGUGGUUGUUCCACAGUAUCCGAUUGUCUUGGAGUCAGGUGUUCAUUGAAAUUUCGGGUCUGACCCUGAAGUCAUGUCCCGGACACUUAACUCGAAAUUAUAAAUAUGUACAUUCAAUCAGGAAAAGACACACUGAUCUAUUGGCUUCCCGAAGCAAACAGUCUCCAUAUGGGACGGGGAGAGUUCACGAACAGCCAGCCAACUGCCAGUCCGAAGUCAGUCAAUUUACAAUAGCAGAGAAGAGGGCCGACCAAAAAUGUGGAAGGAUUAAUACAGUACUGUUUCGGGCUUAUUCUGCCUUCAUUCAGCCAGUCAUUGCCCUGAAAAUCGGGUGUGAUCAGAAACACAACUAUCUUUUCGUACACAUCGUCCAGAGAAGUGGUACCUUCUCAUCUGUCAAUUGAUAUUCAUGUAAUUAGUGAUAGGUACACACCGAUCUACUAGCUUACCGAAGCAAACAAGCUUCGUAUGGGCGGAAAAUGUCACGACCGAAUUUGGAUAAGUUAAAAUAACGGAAAGGAGGGACGACAGAGAAUGCGUGAACGGAAAGUAUCGAUCUGCCGGUUUAUAUAAUGUUUCUUUAUGUAUGACUAUUCAUUCAUAAUAUGGGCUUAUUAUUUUUGACCUCUAGAACUGAGUACAAAUGUACAUGCUGAAACAUUUUAUCGCUACCCUUACCGCUCGCCCGUGGCGCGGCUACCCACGUCGCAAGGACGAACGAAUAAUGAUCCGUAUGAGAGUGAUUUGCAAGAACAGACAGAGUGGCGUGACGGCUACUCUACUGGGUGUCGUACAGCCCAGAUGCUUUAAAUAUUCCAGUAUAUUAUCCACACUCAAAGAGAGAAGCAAACUCACCGCCCGGUUUUUCCUGCAGAAAGACAGUGAUUACUGUUCUAAUAGGUUGUCAGUUGGCUGAGCGACUGUCAUUUUUUCCUUAAAAUGCUAUGAAUAUUGCUCCGGAAAGUGACUGUCUACCCACCUUAACUCCUUUAAAGAUGAGAAUGACAAAACUCCUUAACGACCUUCGCGAAGAACAUCCGGAACUGGUUCCACAGCAAAGUACGUUUUGCCAAGCAGUUUCAUGAGUGGUAGCGUGAUGUUUUCGCCCAUCAACUUUUUUUUCCUUCUGACAUCUUUCGUCAGUGAAAGCUUUUAGUCUGCGCAUUUACAUGUCAGUUCAAGCACCAAAAUGUAUUUUUCUAAAGGGCAGGCACAAUUGCGUAAUUAAUUCCUGCCAUUGCUGUAAGCAUCUUGAUUUUGAACUGUCGUUGCGGCCUAUAUGGUUUAAUAGAUGGUGUGAAAAUAGUUACCCUGACCUACUUAGAACUGGAACUGAAAGCGUCAUGCAUGCUUUCCUGCAAACCAUGAAUGACAAAAAAACGAAAAUCACUUUUCUUUUCUAAGAGUAAGGAAUGGCUAAUAGGAGCGAAGAGGCGAGCUCCAGGAAGUAGUCGCGAAGAAGGAGACACGGUCGCUGGAACAAGAGCUUUAUCGGACUGGCAUUUCGGGUUCUCAAUCGAAUUCAUCUUCAGAGGCAGAUGGAUUCGAGCUAUCGUGUCUCCGUCUUCUCAAAGACGCGCGUGGUCGAAGAAGUUUGUUAGUAAUUCCUGCAAAACCAUUGUAUUGGAAAAUAUAAAAGGCUACUGCGUUCUUUUGCCUCUUCACAUAAAUUUGAAAAUUACCAAACGCGACACUGCAAGUCUGCAAGUAGUAGGUGGACUCAGAUGGCUGUUUGCGAUAGAUGAGAGACGUAAACAUCGUUGUGAUUAAACGGUCACCAAUCGUUGACUUAUUACCAUUCAGAAGUUGCCAAAUGAACGUUUAAAUUGACCAGGUUUGGUCCUCAGUCCGCAUGAUUCCGAAUUAAAUAUCUGUGAAUUUGUUACUUCAUAAAAUGCGCUUUGCCGUUUCAGCGCAAGUAUUUCUAACAUUCCGCCCUCCGUUUCAGCCGACUUGGGCUAUUUUGCUGAGGUCAGUACGCUUGAGGGACUCAUAUCGGUCCCCGAGUACAUGGAGAGGUUUGAAAAGCCCAGCGAUGGAAUGCUUGUGCGAGGUGAGAUAUUGUUAGUUUAUCCUCCUUGAGCAAAUGUCGCCUCCUAUGAACUCUAAAUAAGCUCGCAGUUAAGCGCAGUCGCGUUGGGACUGACGUCCCGACUGUAACAAGCGCGGCGACAGUUGUGUGUGCUAGCAAAUUUACAGACAUGAGACCACGCAACAGUAGGCCAUUUUCAGAUAUCCGAGUCUGCUAUUUCCUGCAAACAAUGACCAAUAACUAAGAUUGGUCCACCCACAAGGACAGAGAAAACUAAAUUAUCGUUUCUGUUUCAUUUGCGCUCAUCGUUUAGCCAGGAAGGCCUAAAAGGCCGGUUAGCAGCCUGGUAGUCACUGAAGAUAACGCUUUACUAAUUGAUCCAUGGAUUGUCAUGUCGUCAGCUGCGAUUGGAUACAUCCAAAUCUAAACCACUCUGAAAUGCCCUUCUUCAACUUUUCUGUCCUCAUGGGUAAUCUUUCUCAAUUACUGACUGCCGGACACUGUGCAAUCGCCAGCGAGGACUUUUAAGCAGACCUCCCAAGCAAAGCGAGAGACUCGUGUUCCAUUCUUUAAUGGGUCGAUUUUGAUAAACACCGUCUCAUACCGCUCCGGAUACUCGCGGUUGCAGCUAACUAACCAGGGUCAACUGUCUCAUUUGCACUGAACUGAAUUUUAAAUCAAAUGAGCGCGGGAUCCAAUCAUAUUUUUUAACUUGGGUUGAGGUUACAUCUCUCCUGUUGAUUGUGAUGAAUAGGCUGUAAAUGGAAGUGUUCCUUUGCCUUGUGAGUAUGGUUCGCCAGUGAUUCCAGCUCUGGCGGUACCUGUACUUCGAUAUUUAGCGGCUAACACUCCUUUUAAAACCUCUGUGGAGUGCUAGUUCUUGUCUGGAUUAUGGUUGCUUAGUGCCUCUCCUGUUUCGCAGUAAAAAUGCUUGUCCUUUUUUCUGUGCUUAUUUUAGAGGCAACUUGGCCAAUCCCCAAAAAUCUCUUCAUGUACCAUUAGGCGAAGUCCAAGAGGCAGCCACAUGACGUUUUGCAGUGACAGUAUUGAAAAGUUGAUUGCAAUAUGUCUGUCUUGUUGUUUUUGUGUAGAACCCCAGACCGGUGGUCGGAUAUGCCUUUAUUGGAACUUACACUGGUCUUGGCGGAUGUGGGAAUAGACAGUCCUUAGAAAAUCCCAGUAUCGCCAGAAAGUUUUAAUAGGGCUGUGAAACUCGUUACAAAGUGAAGACUAUUCGGUUCCAGAUUGGGUCUCGUUUUUCGCUUAACGCUAACGGGGCGCUUCAAGCUAACGUUACCUGCGAUAAAAGGAAAGUUUAGACUUUCGAAACUCUAGGGUCUGAACCUACAGUCUAUGUUUUUCCCGCCACCUUGAGUCCGAACCUGCUCCUCUCGACUCUAUCAGUCCUGGACAGAACCAGCCAAAGCGAUGUGCGAGGGAAUUUGAUAGAAAAUGCGUUCUUUGCAGAGCAUGGAUUCGGAAGGGAACUUCUCUACCCACCGCCCUUCGAAGUGCGACCUCAUAGUUUCUUGAUGUCUUGCUGUGGCCUUCCAAGCCUUAUCUGAGGGUUUCGGAAAGUACUCGAGAAGGAGGGCACAAAAUUGCCGAUUUAUGGUUCAGAUUAAUUUGCAGGUUCAACUUUACGCUUGGCCCAACUUGCACAGUCAUGAGUAGACAGAUGUGAUGGACGCAGAAGGCGUGCAUAGUAGUUGUAGGGAGCUCGUUGCCCAAACGCGCGCCUAGAAUAAAUUAUAGCUCCCGCUCUGGUUGCACAUGGUGUCAUAUGUGUUUGCUCUAAUGAGUAGCAUUCCUCACCUGACGAUUGGUCAAGUAAUGCUACUAUUGUCCGGGUUCUUCUCAUGAGCAGUCGACUUCUACCUCGGUGACUCAUCGACUUAAAGAUGCUACCACUGCGCGUACAGCGAAUACUUGUUCUCUUGACCUGGGAUUAGGCGUAUUUCCUAGACUGUUGUCGCUGAAGGCCGUCCCGCAGUCCAGCACUCACAGAAGCGCGUUUUUUGGAAUUACUAUCCCUUCGCCCUAAAAGCUUCAAAUACUUGACACAGUAACUGCAGUUACCGUACCAUGGUUUAAAUGACUGAGUAAGGGGUUUUGUUCCCGCAAAAGUACCGUCAUGAUAAUUAGGAGAAGCGCGACAUGACAGGCAUGUCUUGACGCAGUCCUCACUUGUGAGAGGAACUAUCUACAAUGCUCAAGAAGCACUCAGGCGGUCCAGGAAAAGACUUCAACAAACAAAACUACUGAUUAUGAAGUGGCAGAUUGUAGGUCUUCUCAUACCGUGCCCCAUAGGAAAGUGAACGCAUCACGGAAGCUACAGCAACAGCGGGGAGAAUGAGAGUUUCUACUGGGGACACAAGUUUUCAAAGGACGUGUCCAGGAAAAGAACCUGCGAUCGCAUACGCAAAUGAGAAUACUUCCACUGUUCAGACGCUCCAUAGGUGAAGUCCUCGGUGUCAAACCUCAUGCCUGUCUACGCCGUGCAGAUCAGGUAAUAGGUGCGAUAGUGGCCACGAACACGCGACCACCUGUCAGGCCACAGGGGAACUCAAAAAACCAAAUUGGCUUUUAUUUAUGGAGGGGUGGCAUACUUUCUAUAUAAUUUAAUUGCAAACUGGAGAUAGGGAAAGGUGUUUUUCCAGGAAUAAUCCUUGUCUUCACUUUUAAAUACUUCGUAGAGGUUUAAUCAUGUGUUUCGCCGUUAACUUGUGAUAUUAAACCCAAUACCAAACCUGGAGAAGCAGAAGGUUCUCCCUGCAACUUUCGGGCACGAGUCUUAGUGAAAAUAUCAUUACCAGUUGGCACGAUGGAAGAGUAGCAUACAGUCACUUUGGAAUUUUUUGGUCAGAAUCUUCGAGCGACAUAUGGAGCCGUCCAUUAUCGGCGGAUGACGGGACAGCCUUGUAAUCCACUUGUUUAGCCUUCAUGGCCUGUAGAUGUGCUGGACCGAAAUAUGGGCCAGAUUAACUCACUACACUUGUUUGUCAGGCUGCAAGAGGUCUUUUCAAGCCUAAAACUGCUGUCGUGCAUGCGUGUUACGGCAUUCAUUAUACGUUGGUCUUCACGCCGUGUCAGUAAUUGUGUGCAAUUCCAGUUCCAACUGAUUGUCAGUCCAGUUUUAUCAAAGGAAAUAUGGGCUAGCGCCUUUGAACUCCCUACUAGAUACAAGCCGCUGGAGAAAAACAUUGAUGAGUGGAAGAUGUAAAAAGGACAGUGACCGGUAAUCGAAGAAGAGUAAGCAUUAACGGUUACUUUCUAAUCAAGUAGUAUAAACACGUAUAAGUUAGCGCGGGUUAUGUGAGUGGAUGUGAGGCUGGUAAUUGGGAAGCUUGAUACGCGUCAAGUCUAAAUUUAAAGGAAUUCACAUAUGAAGAGAUUUCAACAUCGGAAGGCAGAGCGUUCGACGCUGCAACCACUCUGUUACUGAAAAAGAACUUUCGUCCAUUGAUUCCUGCUUUCCCUGCACAUAGUUUUAAGAAAUGACCGCGUAAAUUGGGCGUGUUAGCCUGGACGAAGUAAUCAGUGAGAUCUAAACAACAGUCUAAGCCGUUGACUAUGCGAAGUAUUGGUAUAAGGUCACCAAGUAGUUACCUGUAGGUAGGAAGGAACAGGUUGAGAGUUGACAGUCUGUCAUACUCGGAAAUCCGACUCCUGCAUGGAGAAGGAAGACAAAAUGAGGUUGGCACUAGAAUAUCCAUCCUCACGGCGAUCGAUUCGUCGUUAUAAUAAAUUCAACGCGCUUGAACUCAUGACUUCGCGACAAAAGUCGUGACUUUCGAGGUUCCCAACCGACAGAAUGACUAAGUCCCUCUCAUGAUCGAGAGUCGGGCUGCAAUGACCCCUUACCAAUGUGGCCGCCAGGACAUUCUCACUGAUGUGUGGUCCGAGUAGCCCUUAUUGCAGUUUGGUACAUAGUUCGGGGGCGGGUUGUGUGUGGCACGCGUAGACGGUCUGCUCAUACCUGUUGGCGCUGUGUUCGCGCUCACCUCCUGUCGUCUUGAUAUUGUUUUGCCAUCGGAGGAAGGUGGUAAGAGAAGACUGUAAUAAGUGCUGCUUAAUUCUGCCUCAUUAGUAGACUAAUUCACGCACAAGUCACCGGAUUUGCGUUAACUCCGUCGGACGUACGGUGGACACCGUUGUUUGCGACGGUCAAGUUGUCUAUUAUUCCUUAUCUCCAACGUUUAUGACCGUGGAGAGACACCUCACGGGCAGACAGCAUCUCCGCCGGAAGGCCAACAUGUCGGCCGUCUUUGGAGUUAACAUCCAGUUAAAAAGAUUUGAUUGUAUGAAUUUAAAGGAAAAUGUUCAGCUGAACCAGUAAACCAUGUAAUACCUACCCCUUACUUCCAGGCGUAUCCUUUUCAACGUCCAGAAUUUGAGUUAUUAGGAGUGAAACGGAAAAUAACGACUUCAUACUUUCUGGGACAAGGUGUAUAAGUUAUUUCAAUUUGAAUGCUGAUAUUUUGGGUGGCAACCUAAGUUCUAGUGGAAAAUUAUUCCAAUCAAAAGCAUAUUUGGAUUCAAAAGGCGAGCAUUUAAACGUAGAGCGAAGAGGUGGCGGAACCACCAUGUCGGAUUUACGUGUGACACAGUGCCUUACUAUUGGAGUGAAAACGCCACGACGAGGAAGACUGGGGCUAGAGUUAAUUCAAAAAGGGAUGCAAAGGCCAGCCUAGAGUCUUCUAGCCCAUAAACAACUUCGCCGAAUGAAAUUUCUCAGUAUAAGAACUAGGAGAGCCAGCUCGAGAGAAGAGUCUUUAAGUAAAAACUCUCUGUAGAUCCCCGAUGUUACUGCCGUCACAAUCAUUCAUAAUACCAGAAAGGACAGUAAUAUUCAAAGAUGGGAAGAACAAACAGGUGUCAACAGGUGAUUUUGUAGCACGUUUGAAAUUUUAAUUGUUUUUUGCACAUUUACUCUAGUCUGACGAUGACAUGGGGAACCGACGUCGAAAAUUUACUCAAUAAAGUUUUAUCUCUUUCCCAAGGAACGUAUUUGAUUUGAAAUUAUAUUUAUUGGGAUGCCUGCGUUCGAAUUCGCAGGUGUCAACUUUAUAGUUCCACAUCGACAAGGAGAUAUUAUGUAAUGUGCACCGACAUAUCUGCGCAGUCUUUGCAGAAAUUCGACCAGCAUAAGCUGAUAGAUCAAGCUUAGUUGCAUAACUUAGGCCUAGGUCCUUCAUAGUGGAGCAUUCUGAGAGUGGGUUAUUUUGAAAAAUAAUGAGGAGAGGAAGUUAGGCGGGGAUAAACUGCGCGAAACUACACAUGGACGAAGACAACUCAAUCUGUCAUGUUGAACUCCAUUUUCACAAACAUGGUGCAUUGGAGUUAAUUCUUCAAAAGCAAACAUUUGCUUUGUCCCUGGAAUGAGGAUAGCCAUACUUAAGGUCAUCAGCACGAAUGGAAGUUUACAAAUUGAUGUGAAGAACGAACAGUAUCGAACCCAGAACCGGGUCUUGAAUUACACUAUUCAUGUUCGAGUGAGACCUUUAUUGUCAAUAACCAACCAUGAGUUCCUUGCGCAAAAACAGAUAAAUUAGUUAUUUUCAGCCGGCUUUUUCAUUCUUAUUCCGCCAAAUUUUGCAUCAGUAUUACCAAUCCCGGCGUUUUAGAUGUCACCACAUUUAUUGUCGUUGAAGAGGAAAGACUAAUUCUUGUUUCUUGUGGACUGCUAUGCCGUUUAAUUUCGCCUUCGAAUGUAGAACCAUUUCAAGAUUGUGAAAGAAAUUACAUAAUUUCUAUCCCAUAUGGACGGUCGUUAGACAGCAUUUACGAUUUUCAGCCAGUGAAAUCGUUUUCCCAAUUUGAUUCCCUGAGGACCUGCCUGUGUAAAAUGGUCUGCAAAUCAAAGGUGUUCAAGUCAAACGACUUGGAAUACGGAAUUUACUUGACAACUUUUAUCGCGGUGUGUGGCCGUACAUGAAUUUAGGACUUGGCUGACGUGUCUUCAACGCAAGAACAGACGUAGACUUUUCUUCGGGAACAUGUGGACUUGUAGCAUUAAAUCCCGUCUUUAAUAAGAGCACGCUACAUCUUGAUUCUAAUACUCUAUUCCUAUUCAAUCUCCCACGUACAAGCAAUCAUAAGGAACGCAACUCGUCUAAUAAUUCCUUUAUCCAAAUAGUUUUACCUAUAAUGGUGAAAUGUGAUUUUCGUUGAACUCUGCGGACAUACUAAUCUUCACACUUUAUGACUUUGGAGAUGGCAAAACGGGCUAUUUUUACUGUUUGUGUCAUUAAAUUGGCGCAUCUUAUGACCAACUGACUUAUUUGAAGCAUCAUGAGACUCCCAACACCAUGGUCAUUUCGAGAUCCUAUUAUCUCUUUUUUUAUCCAUACACUCCGUUAUCGCCAGUUCUAUUCUGUUGACGCACGUACUGUUUACAUAAUAUUGCCUAUGAACGCUGACACUAUGCAAAAUUAUCCUUCGCUUUAAUUCGCCUUUUUGCACUCAGAGCAGCCCCACAAGUUCUACAAAUUGGAUUCUUUAUGGUCAUCUCCCGUAAUAAAAGUAUUUGUGAAGUUUAGCCUGCUUUGUCUUGUCAGGAUGAGAACACUGUCACCUCUGCUUGCUGUCGUCCAGUUAAUGGACUCUUAGUGGCAAACAAAUGUUUUCAGUUCACUGACUUGUCAAAUUUGAUACAUUUAUCCUAUAGAAGAAAUGGAGCAUGCGUUGCUUCGUCACUCGUAUGCUUAAUAAUCCCUGUCCUUGCCGCAGUUGAUAGCCUGGCUGUUUUAUUCUUUUAAACAACAUUAAUGUUUAUGCUGACCAAAAUCAUAACCCCGUGUCAUCAGGUUCUUCGUUCUUUGCGAAAUCCAUGCUGUACAUUUAUACCGAUAAUACCUGUAAAUUGGAAUCAAAUAUACUGGUUAUUAUUACUGUUCUGCCACUCCUGUCAGCUUAGUCAACCCAAAGAAAUACCAAAUGAUAAAAAUAGCUGCCGGAAGUGACCUUCGUUCAUGUUACCCGAUUCUGCCACCUCAAAAAAUGAAGUUCCCAGAUAGCACGCAUUUGGGUACUUUAACUACAACCAAAAUACUGUCCAUCUCUAUACCCAUGAAGACUUGUAAAUUAAAAGCACAUUUGAUAGAGCUUCAAGACUGGUUAAUUAAGCUGAUUCGAGUAUUCGUAUAGUAGGCUUAGAGGAAAGACUGGAUAGGCAGAGAAGGCACAAAAUGAUGUCGAGUGACAAACACACUGACAUUGUAGUGCCAAAUUAUGUAGUUUCGCAUGGAGCGGAAUAUCCUAGUCCAUUGUCCAAAUCUACGGAGGUCACAAGUGAAUGUGCGUUUUCGACUGAUGGGCUUUUCCGACUGUUUACUUUUUCCAACUAGCAAGUAACUUUCAGGCGCGUCAUAGAUACGCACAAAUAUUAUUAUAUAAACGCUUUUAUCCUUUUUGGAUUCAAGACGGCCGACAGUGGGAUGGAUCAGAACAGCGUUUGGGAAUAUCUAUCUCACGAGUCUGCGUCUGUUUUCGGUCAACCUAUUUUGCGCAUUUCAAUUUCUUAAUGCCAAACCUACGAAAGUAAAUCUGUUUGUUUUCUGCUACCUCUUAUACGGUAUGCGCAUUUUCGUCAAUUCAACACAUGUAAGCAGUCUCGUCCACUUUAUACUGUCCUCUGUCUUCCAGCGUUUCCCGCAUCAUUAGUCAACCUCUGCGUCCUAUAUGUUUUAAUUUCGGUUUAGAGUUUUUGUCUUUCUUCACGCAGUUUUAGAGCUAACGCUCUUUAAGCAUCAUUUUGGUUGCCGUGGAUUGUCCGUCCGUCUUCUAUUCGUUCCUCACUACCCACUGUUACAGUAGGGUUUAACAGGCCAUCAUUUAGCUUUUGAGAUACAUGCGCAGAGAUUUCAAAAGAAAAAUAUGCGAUGACUAGUAGUCUUGGAUCCCAAACGAAAUCCACAGUUUAACUUUUAUUUGGCAGACCUCGUCAGCAAAAUAUCAUUGCGUUACUUAUGUGGUUAGAAGGUGUCGCACCGGGUCUGUCAUGGGGCGUCCUUUACGCCAGCCUCUCCCAGCUCCGAACCAAAAAACAUUUGUUCGGGAUUUUGUUGCCUUCACCAAAAUUUACCUGGCCGCAGACUGCAUUCUCCGUUGAUUGACUAUUAUCAAUUUCCAUUAAAAUGUAUGCGAUGUAGUGUUUUAUCCUCUAUGGCACACACCACCACCUCCCACCCCAGAGGGGAGAAAAAGUCUAAGUGAUACUUACGGUUCUUAUGACGGAUACUUGCAAUUUAACUAACGAAUAAAAACAACGCUCUUGCCUUAUUCACCCACAGCUGCAGUAAGCACUGGGACGCACACGUACGCUCGCCUAAUGACAUACCGAAUCCUUCUACGAGAAUUUUCGCACCUCUAAUCAUAAUCUAUGCCAUCCAGACACUUGCCCUAUAAUAUGGAACAUUAUGAUAACACUAACGGUCGGGGCCUCGUAAUUCGGAUGGUUAAAACGUUGGCUACACCAAAGUAUGAUCCAUGAUCACGAGGGUUCGAAUCCUAAAUAAGCUGCUGACGUAUUUACAACUGGGUCUGAUACAAUAGUUAGAAAAUGUAGAGCGAAUGCAAAGCUUAAAGUUGUACGGUGGAUUCCUGAAGCAGAACAUCAAGAGUUUAGUCCUGACCGACGCUGCCAUGUCAUUUCAAACGAAGUCAUUUUCCACAGCAUUUUUGCCGCUGCGAUAUGAUCUUGUGUUAACUAUUCUGCCGUAUAAAUAUAUCCUUAGAUUUUUGUCUAGAAUUUUACGAUUCAGGUUGGUUUGACAGUCUUGCACGUUCCGUUUUAAAAGUAACAGAACAUUCUGUAGAACGCACCCAAACACAGGACGAAGGUUGUGCAUUUGGUUUGUUAUUGUUUAAAUGAGUAAAGGUCAGAAGUUCAUUUUAAUUAUCUGAAUGUGGCAUCAGUGACUGCGGGCCUCGGCGCGUCUUUGCUGCUAUCGUAAGGAGACCCUCGUUUUAACUGCUUUAAGAGACGUCAUAAAAACCCAUUAAUCACUGGUUUGUCGCUAACUGCUUCAUACUUAAUUCUGUGCGAACUUUAGAUACUUAAAAUAUAGCAAAUUUUUGACAUCUGCCCUAGCUAGGGCUACUAGUAGCUAUUCUAUAACGAGGCGUCAGCGCUUCGCCGUCAAGGAGUCGCGAUAGGUUUCACCGAUUCAUAGCGGAUUUCGUCCAUCUGGCCGUAUGCAUGUACAUAGAAACAUGGAAAACGCCCUCAUUUAAAUUUCUCUUGGGGCACUACAUAGCAAAGCGAACUCGUUGCAAACCCGUAACGAGGGCGCAAAUCAGCGGUCCCGAGCUGGUUUUGUGUUCCGGUUAGUCCAGGCAAUCAAGGUCGAUGCGCCCUCGUAACGAGCUCGUAAUUUGGUGACAGCGGACUCGUUCCGUGGUCAUAUACUCUAUAGCGAGCUCGAAAACGCGAGAUUCUCAGUUUCAAUUUAACUGGGGUUUUUAUCGUCCUGAUAUGCGCCCCACUGUAGCGUCCGUCCGUAGAUUGGACGGGAAGUACGGGAAAGAGCGUUUGCAGACGCUAAAAGGCAUAUGUCGCAAAGGAAGGGUUUGCUGUCCAGCAUCUGCAUGGCGUCGUUUGGCGGCUCUGUUUCCGUGGCGACCAAAUGGACAAGAUCUGAUUAAUUGGUCAUAUCUUACGCGAAUUUUCACAGCGAGUCACUGCCGCCUCGCUAUGGAAUUGCUACUGGAAUGCUACUGUAGUAGCAUCAUCUAGUGACUAGAUGUACUCCUAUUGCGACUUCUCACGAUAGUAGUAUUUAUGGGUAAAGCCAUACAGGGUCCGAAAACUUUCCAGGCUCUUUUCGACUAGCGCCUCGCUGCUGACUUAAAACGUGUCAAGCGUCUGUGUCAUGAUAUCUGCUUCCAGUGGAUGAGCCAUUUAACCUAAAGAUAUUUGCUUUUUGCCGGAAUGAAGUACGGUAUUUAGUUCUAAUAUGCCUGAUAACAUUUGCGAAUAAAAUUUGAAACACAAGAACUAAAACAGCAGGUAAUUGACGAUGAGGCUGGACAGCAAGGCGUGGAAGAAUCAGAUGUUAUUGACAUUGCAGUAGGCUAGAUUUUUACGGCGCCCGGCACCUUCUUACUUUAGACCUAUGCGUUCAAGCGGUCUUUUUUAUGAUACAGGACUGUCGGUUACAUAUAGUAGACAAUUUCAGGUUUGGCAAACUUUGAGGUAGAAAAUACCGAUUUCCCGUUGCUUUCGAAGGAACGUUCUGUCUAUCUCAGGGGAAGUUGGUAACUGUUCACAGUAGGCAUGCAAUUUAGGCCUUCCUUGGAUUGCUCCAAAUAGUGGAUUGUUCGACCUUCUGCAUGUCACUUUCUAAUGAUCUCCAUGAAUAACUGUUCCUUAUUUGACUAAGUUGUGUUACAUAGAAUCAUUUACCGCACUUGAGUUUUACCCAGAAGUUCUCACAUGCACAUACUUGCUGUCCAUUGCUUUUGUUCGUGUAGACCUCGGGACACGUUUGAUUUGUCGGCGCAAUCACUAUAGUAAAUUAGGGUGGGUAACAUUUAGUACACAUAAGGGGUAUGGGUAUUCCGCUUUCCAACGUGGUAUAGUAUAACCUUCUGUACGGAGAAAUAGGUGAGGGCAAAUACCAGUAACGUACAAGUGGAGCUAAUAUCACGGAGAGGGUGGGGUCCCCUGCGCGUUUUUUUCGAGGACGAGGCUAUCGCGUCCACAGCCCCGUCAUAGGCUCGCCCAUACGUGGCCCAGCCCCCUCUGACCCCGGGGGUUUGACGGGGCUGGUGCUAGCAGGCAUAAUUCCUGCCCUCCACUUCCCUGAUUACUUUCAUCUCCAACUUGCCGCACACCACUAGCCUUUGCCAUUCAAUAAAUAGGCCUUGCUCCAAGUAAUUUUAUUUCUGCACUUCCUGUCCAUGGCAUCAAUUAGCCGCCAUGUCCAUUUUUAAGCCGCUUAUUCACAGCCUCGUCCGAAACUCCCGUUGUAUUUUAUCAAGCGCCAUGUUCCUGCUUGGUUAGUAGUUGUGUGUUGGGCUCUUCCUGAUAAAUAACCAUCCGACUUGCGGAAUUCUCGCAUUUUACUGUCCGACGUCACAAAUUUUAAUUUUUUCUCCGUUUAUAGAUGAAAUCCUGGCUUGCCUGGUUUGGCCUUUUACUUUUCGGUACAUUUGUGUGCCCUAUCUCGUUUGACACCGUAAGUCCCUACCAUUUAAACCGCUGGCGGAUUUCGCAUUUUCUUUCACAAGAAAAUAUGGGGCUGUAUGCCUCCUUCCGCUCUCCCUCCUCCUCCUCCUCCUCCUCCUCCUCCUCCUCCUUCUUUUCCUCCAAUUUUCUCUCAGAUAUAUUUUCGCCUACAACGCAAUAUAAAGCCGCCAGUUGAUUUCAGGAUAAUCGAGCAUUAAAGCAUUUCGUGGAAAACGAGUUGCUAAUCCCGCGGAAGCAUGUUUCAUGAAUUUAGUGGGACAAAAGCAAAAAUAUACAUGUCUCCCAGGACACUACUAAUUUUUGCUCUACGAACGAAUUAAACAAAGAGACGGAUUUGAAAUAUUCCCUCUUAGCUUGCAUUAGUUAAUUUAACACUUCAGAUCUUUCUGUAGUUGUAAGUGCACAAGUAUAAUAAGUCCAUGUUGACUUACCGUCCAUAUCAGCUUCAUCCCAUCGUGAUUUGAACUUUUUCGGGAGUUCAUGCUGUUUCCUUUUAGCGGUUCAUUGUUUGUUUUCUUACCACCAUUCUUAACGAACUCAUAGCCACAACAAUCGAGGCUCUUUUACGACUUUAAUGCACUGAACAUCGACGGCAAAUUAAUAUCGAUGGAGCAGUACAGGUAGUCUCAUCCUCUAAUUUGUCACUCAGCCUUCCGAAGGGGCCAUGUUGUAUUGGUUGUCAACGUGGCAAGUGAAUGAGGUCUAACGGACCGCAAUUAUCGUCAGCUACAGGAACUGUAUACCACCUACGCUGACCAGGGCCUUCGCAUACUCGCCUUCCCGUGCAAUCAAUUUGGUGGUCAAGUAAGUAAAGCGACCUUAUUACGAAUUUCCACUUUAUUAACAGGAGCCAGGUACUAAUGAUGAGAUCAAACAAUUUGUGGUCACCAACUACCAAGUCAGCUUCGACUUCUUUGAUAAGGUUGACGUGAAUGGACCCGAUGCACAUCCCAUUUUUGCCUACCUCCAAGAGUCCCUCCCGGGUUUAAUCACAAAGUGCGUUUUUAUUUUUAUUGCGCUUUUGUCUUUCGCCUCGUAUUCUUUCUUGUAAAAUGUACACACUUUGUUCCUAAAAUGCAUCUACAACUUUUCAAGCUGUUAGGCGUAAAAGACAAAUGAGACUCUCCGGUCCCUUCUCGUUGUCCCAACUUUAACGAUGUUGGGGUAUUUUGCUUAAAUAAGUCGAUAAAUAUCUGAAAAGCGUUUUCGCUCUCAAGAGUAGCAGUUUCAGACGGUUCUUACGAAUAUGUUUUUUGUACUACCUUGAAGAAUCUCCAUCUGUUGUAGGUAUCCCAGCUUAGUUGCUAGUGCAUGUAUGUCGUGUCCAGAGAUAUGCAUUUAUUGUGAUCGUGGACCUACUCGGGGUAUUUACUUUGAUGGGAUAAUAACUGGACAGACAACUUGCAGUCGCUCCUUAAGGCCUACAGGUUCUAUAACUGUCACCUGUUCUGUUGCUGCUACUACCUUUAACUCCACGGCAAAGCGGAAAUACUACUUUCCGUUCUGCAAUCAGGAUGGACCAGUGCACGGCAGACAAAUUUGUUAUUACAAACCGCUACGGCAACCCAGGCCGCAUUACGCCUGCUACAAGUCAUCUCGGCCUACACUUAGGUCUAACGCGAUUUUAAAACUGUCCGGGGUCGAAGAAUCUCGGAAGUUUACAAAACUAUAAAACCCAUUCAGACAGUGCAUGGAGAUUUACAGUUUUUGGUAAAUUUGAUUUCACGCUCAUCAAUUGACCCGGUAAAUACAAGUGUAUGCAAAGUGCCGAAUUAAACAACGGAGCAUACAUCAACGGCGGCGACAUCCAUUAGUAGGUGAGACAGUGUUUGCACCCCGGCGAGGAGGUCCCGUUUUGUCUGGAGUGGGAACGCGGCAAUGGUCAGUAGAGUUCAGUUUAAACAUCGGCGAAUUUGAGCGACUGACAGAGUUCGACCGAGAUCGACACGAGCCAGUUGGAGGUGCCUUUGGGGUGGCGUUGGCAUGAUUGUUGCCGCUCUCGCUGUUCGGUGAGUAGCGCAGGACUUCAAGAUCUGAGACAAAAUCCAGGACAGUUUUUUGGUGCUGAUGCAGAAUGUCCAGGGAGAGACAGCGAACCCGUUCAAUGCCGUCCAGGAAGACUUUCUUUCUCUGACCAAGACCCUUAUUUGGGGAAAAAUUAGCAGAAACACAGUGAGCAGAAUAAAAUGAACUAGUUUCUUGAGUGGAUCAGGCAUUGAAGGCUUAACUGCAAGCAAAAAUAACAAGUUUGGGCGAACGCUGAUCAUAUUUGACUACCACCCAGGGUGCAUGCUUGCAAGCGCUGUUUUUUCGAGUACAGUUAAGAAACUGCGAACAGAGAACAGGCUGACUUUCAUGCUUCGACAAAGAAAGCAUGAGUGCACAAGCGGCAAAGGUAUGGACCCAAUGACUACAAGGGUCACAAUGGUGUUAGAUCAUACCAACUUCCGAAGGAGCAAUCUAGAGUAGUGUAUCGUGUUCCGUGCCAAAAAUGCCUUUGUAACUACACAAGCCAGACUGGCCGCAUGCUUGGAUCGAGCAUACACGAACAUAAUCUGGUUGUGCGACGAGGCGACGCGUUAUCACAAGCGGCCGCCUGCACCUACGAAACAAGCCAUGAGUUUAAACUCGCAGCCGCCAAAAUGGUCGCCCACGCAGGAAACAAAACAGGCCGAGAAUUGGUUGAAGCCUGGGUCUCGGAUAAGAACUUGAUCAAUCGGUUUAUCGAUGUAGCGCCGGCGUACAGAGCCCAGCGCAGUGACCUCGAGUCUUGCGCUAUAUAUCGAUGAUUGGCAAACAUGUCCUAUAACUGUCGCUUGUUCUGUUACUGUUAUUAUUUCUGACGAUGGACUCCUGCAAGAGUUCGAAAGCUCAGAACAAUAAACAAAACGUUCCGUUGCUCGGCCACCCUUCUUCUUCACUUAGAAAUAAGAAUAAAAGGCAAAGUAACUGCAAAAGCCCGGUUGGUCACGAAGUAGAACCAGGCAGGGUACCUCUAGUGUCCUCGUCUGGGUGGAAGACCGCGGGGAAAGAAUUGGUUAAAUAGCUGCUAUAGGGGACUAACCCGGAUUAGAUCCUGUAACUUUGAAAAAUUUGCGCAACCGUUGAGAGAAGACAGGUCGGCGGAGUAACUGCAUUUGGGUCUUAGACAGGAGUCGCGCUUGGGAGCGACCUCGAUGUUGCCCACAGAUGUAGUCGCUGUGGACCGAUCUGUUCGAGGACAGCCGGGGACUCCGGACUCCGUCGACCUAUUUAAGUUGUUGUUUGAGGCGGUGGUGUUGGGGUCGGCGGUAGCACGCAGAGAGCGAUUGAUGGCUAACGUCGAGACGGGUUGUAUGAAGGCCUCGUAUAGCGCGUUAACACGCUCCAACCCCUGGAACUCGGAUAUCUUCUGCAAGGGUGUAAUAGAGUUCGCUGGUUAAUCACGGUGCUCGGCUCCUCUUUUUCUUCUUCUUCACUUAUGUAUACGCCUGGGAUUUUAAAUUUCGCCUUCAUUCGUGAGAUUAUGACUAGAAAGACAGCUCGCCGUCGCUCCCUAAGUACUUACUGCAUUCUGUCAGCAGUCCCAACCGUAUAACUUAAGGACGGAAGGAAACUGGUAUUUCUGAAGGAGUCCAGACCGACGCACUCCAAUGUUGUCCAGUUGGUGACAUUGAACUACAUUUUACUUAUUGUAUCCUCAUACUGAAGUGGGUGAUAGAUCACGGUUACCUCUAGAUCUAAUGUCACAAUGCCACUUAAAGCGGGCAGUGUUGGCCCGACAUAUUGUGCGCCAAUUUGACGGCUUUAUUUCUUUUAUUCGGAGUUUUAAAUUAUGGCAUGUAGCUCAUAGUGUGUAAGUGCAUGAACUGGGUCUUAAUUUAUGGAUCAGAUUUAACGUUGGUCUUUUUGAAGGUUAAAGAAGGAAAAUUAUUUGACAGACUGACUAAAACCAGGAAACCAGUCAAGUGUGUCAGCGAUGACUACUCCUCUGUCCUUUUUUCUCACUCACCUUCCUCGUAUUCACGUCACGUUUUAGUUCGAUCAAGUGGAACUUCAGCAAGUUUCUCAUAGAUCGCCAUGGACGUCCCCAUUCACGAUAUUCGCCCACUACGGAUCCCAAGGCAAGUCUAUAUUAA